CCCCAUGUUUCCCAAUAACUCCCAAUCUCUUCUCUUUUCAAAUUACUUUCUCUCCCAUCUUCAAUAUGUUCAACCGUAUUAUACGCCCAUUAUCUAUCAUCAUUAUUAGCACGAUUCCAUCUUCCUUAAUCGUUACCCACACAGUAUAGAGUUUUUAAAACAAGAUCUACUUCUCCAUUUUAAUGGCGGAAAGAGAUACUCCAAGCAGGAAUACUCGAGGAGAAUCUGCUAAAAUUGCUGCUGAGAGAAGAAGCAAGAAGAUUCAUGACCCAUCAAGGAUGCGUCAACUUCAACCAACUGAAGUUGCAAAACCGAGCAAGCGAAAAGAUGAUGUACCAGUCAAAAAAGGUUCUAAAGUUGCUCAACAAAAUAAGAGAAAAGUAACCAAGCCUUUUUCCGACGUUAAGGGUAAAAAGGUUGUUAAAGAUGUAGAUCUGGAAGAGGAUGAACAGGAAACUAAAUUCUAUGUUAAGAGUCAUCCUGAAGAGGCUCCAUCGAUGCAACGGUACACGAAUAUUGAGGUGUUCAAAGAUCUCAAGAGUAAGCUAACUGUUCCACAGUUAGAGAUCUUUUCCAAGACAAUAUUUGGGAAAUUCCUCGGAAUGCAGCACCUGGAGGUUCAAGCACAAAUUUUUAGGUGCUUCAUGGUAAGAGAGCUCAAGGAGAGCACUUCUGAUUGCUUUACAAUUGAUAUAAAUGGUACCGUAUUGCGAUUUACCAUGAGAGAAUUUGCCCUUAUGAGCGGGCUAAAUUGUGUAGCCGAUGAAGGUCAAUUUACAUACGAUGAGGAAAAACCGAAUAGGAUUAUGGUUGAUUAUUUUGGUGGAACUCGGAGUAAAGUAAAAAGAUUGGAGUUGAUUGAUUGCUUUAAGAAUAAGUGUUGGGGAGAUAAUGAUGAGGACGCUGUUAAGUUUGCAAUUCUGUUUUUUAUAAAUACAUAUAUCUUUUGCGGUGAGCCUAGGAAAACGAAUAUACCAAGGGUUCAUUUUGAAGUGGUUGAGGAUGGAAGGUAUGUAGAUUAUCCAUGGGGCAAAGAAGCCUUUACCGAGUUGAUUAGAAGCAUCAGCAAGAAGUAUUCUGCCACAACACAGUAUUAUAGGAUCCAUGGGAUGCCACUGGCUAUGCAAGUUUGGCUUUAUGAGUGUUGUUCAAGAGUUCCAUCGUAUCUCGCUCUUAAAUCCGGAAAUUCCAUUCCACGAAUGUUGAAUUGGAGGUCCAUUGACAGUCAGCCAAAAUACAAUAUUUUGAUGGAAGGCAUUUUUAGAGACGGCAAACAAUCGAGCUGUACAUUUGCAAAUACAAUCCCCACUAGCAGUGAGUUAGAGAGCCUCCAAUUGCCCGAUGUUGUUGUCUGUCGAGAUACAAUAGACAAAAAUGUCUCAGUUGAUGUCCAUGAAGGUACCCAAGUCACAGAUAUGCCAGUGGAUGAGUAUGAUGAUUUCAGUACUACUCCCCCCCACCUUUCUAAGGGUAAACAGCAACAACGGACGAAUCAGACAGAUUCUCCACCUUCAAAGAGACGCAGACAACUUCCUGCAACAGCUUCCACAUCAAAGAAACAACAAAUCCACACCGAACCACAGACAACUUUGAAGAAGAGUCACAAGGAUCAAAAGGUUGCUCAAAAGCCUAUUUUACAGAAGUCUGCUUCACCAAAGUUGAAUGAACAAAUGAAUCGACCCCAAAACACCCCAGUCCUACGUGAUGUCCCUACUGCCUCUAUGAAAGAUGAAAUGCAAUUGCUAAGGAAAGAUUUUCAAGCUUUCAAGGAAUCAGUCGUUGGUGAGUUCACAAGUAUUGGCACUGAGUUGUCCAAUCUUCGUACUUUCAUGGAUGACAACUUCAAGAAGCUAUUUGAAGUAAUCAAGGGGAACAAUUCUGUGGACAAGGCGGGCGAUAGUGAGACGCCGAUACAUCAAACUGAUGCUGGGCCACAAUUAACGCCUGAAGAAAACUUACGUCAUGAUUCUACCAUUCAAACAUCUCCGCCGAAACAUGACGAUGACUCAAAUAAGGUAAAAUGA